CGGGUUCGCCGGGGCCGGAUUCAGUUCCUUGGACUUUCUACAGUAGAUUGACAAGAUGAACUGCGCUAGGUAUACUCCCUUUCAGAGGCAGAAGUGUUGAGCAGAAGAUAAACUGUACAAUCAGAACUCACACCUGACUGAAACUUUUAGAGGAACUGAAGACUAUCACAAGUGCAGCUGCAUUCCAGUUUGAAGGCGAAGUGUACUUCCUGCAACUGCAGCAGGCUUUUAACUUCCCUGUUUUGUAGAGUCUGUCUGUCAUUUUUCUGUUGUGGAUGACCGUGACAGCGGAUCUGCUCAGCCAUGUCGUACGGACCAGGUUUUGGGGAUCCUAAUCAACUGGCCCAACGCAUAACUUCUAACAUCCAGAAGAUCACACAAUGCUCUGCUGAAAUACAAAGAAUACUACAUCAACUUGGAACACCACAGGACACGCCUGAGUUGAGGCAACAGCUGCAACAGAAGCAGCAAUACACCAACCAACUUGCCAAAGAAACUGACAAAUACAUUAAAGAAUUUGGAUCUUUGCCUGCAACAAGUGAACAGCGUCAAAGAAAAAUACAGAAAGACCGUCUCGUGGGUGAGUUCACCACAGCACUAACAAAUUUCCAAAGACUCCAAAGGCAAGCUGCUGAGAAGGAAAAAGACUUUGUAGCCAGAGUAAGAGCCAGCUCAAGGGUGUCCGGUGGAGCUCCAGAAGAUAACUACAAAGAAGGAACACUUGUCUCUUGGGACAGUCAGCCACAAGCACAAGUGCAAGAUGAAGAAAUUACAGAAGAUGACCUCCGUCUUAUCGAGGAGAGAGAAUCUUCCAUUAGGCAGCUUGAAGCUGAUAUUAUGGACAUCAACGAAAUUUUCAAAGAUCUAGGAAUGAUGAUUCAUGAACAAGGUGACGUGAUAGACAGCAUAGAAGCCAAUGUGGAAAAUGCAGAUGUACAUGUGCAGCAAGCAAACCAGCAGCUGUCAAGAGCAGCGAACUACCAGCAAAGAUCCCGAAAGAAGAUGUGCAUACUCAUUAUUAUACUUGCUGUUGGAGUAUUUCUUGUUGGAAUCAUCAUAUGGUUAGCCGUAAGAAGUUCAUAGUCAUGGUUUGCUCAUUGUGAAGCUGAGUAAAAUAGUGGUUCUGUACUUCAUCACACUUACUUUUUUAUAAGACUUUUUGUUUUAACCUGAGAAACAAUGUUCUCAGUACUGCCAUCAGUAUAACUGCCUGCCCUCUCAGAUGUGGGUGCUGUCUUUCCAGAAAAAAACUAGUCAAGAUCAUAAACUGUUCCGUUAACUUAAGCAUAAAACAUCUUAAGGUUUAGGGGGCUAAUCAAAGUAAUGAUAAUUUGUGUUGACAGGGUGGGUAAUCAUCUUUUGGGAUACUGCUUAAUGUUGCUGCCAAAACAAACUCCUGAAAUGUUUCUUGAGGCAAUGAAUUCACAUCUCAGAAUUUAUUUUUAAGUUAGAAAUAUAUUUCUUCUCUCUUUCCCUUCCAUCACAUUUACCUACCCAUUUGAUAUGGGUGGUUCAGAAAUAAAAUGUAAGUUGCUGAAAUUGAUGUGGUCUCUCUUUUAUACCUGAAGCCUGUGAAUUAAGCCUUCAGUUUGCUUGAAAUCUUUUAAAUGUUCCAUUUGUCUCUGUAUCUGUCAUCAAGUAUGGUUAAGUCUGGAAACCUCCUGCAAAGGUAGGUAGAUUAAAUGAUAUAAUUUUGUGAAUUUUUUGUUCUAGUCCUUGCAUUAAGAAAUACUGUUUUAUCGCACACAUCUGGUAUCUUUGCAUCUGAAGUGUGCAUGAGUGGGUUUGGUUAGAUGAAAAUAUGCUCUAGUCUGUGACUUCAUAGACUUACUGAAAUUACUUACAGAAAUUACUUACAGAAAUUCCCAACUUCCUAGCUGCACUUGAAUAUCACUAUUCUGAAACUGCUGUGAUUUAGUUUCCAAGAACAGGUCCGUAGUUGUAUGUGAUGUCUUUCACACAGCUUAAGAAAAGAAGAUUACAAGUUCAAUUCAAGUUGAACAUUGGUAUUUGAAAUUAGGUUAAAAUUGGUUGAACUGACUGAAAGCAUUUUAAAAGUUUGAUGCUUAUAGCCUUUAAAAUGACCUUUUUACCUUUUGUGCCAUUUUGUACUAAUAUAUUAAAAAUGUAAAAACACUUUUUUGCCAAUUAAUCUUUUUGCCUUUUUACUUAAUCUUGAUGAACUAAUCUGAAAAGUGUACAGAUUAAAAAGUCACUUAAUCUGUAUUUUAUAAAGUUCUUCCAUGCCAGACUGAUAGAGAGUGCACUGUGUACAUGGUGAGGUAUGAAAUAUUAUUUGGGAACAAUCUAACUGUAAGCAUAAAUGAUUUGUAACCAUGUAACCAAAAUAAAGGUCUUUUUAAGAGU